UCUUGACGUUUGUUUACUGUGAGCCAUUCAAAUGGACAAUAAACAUUCACAAGCGAAGGUAGAGACGGCACAGGAGACCCGUCCGCCCGCUAAAGACUCACCUUUCUCUAUCAAGAACCUGCUCAACUUCGACAGUAAACCUUCCAAACCGAAGACGCUGCUUGCCGCCACCAAGGGACUAUUGGAAGGAGGUUUCUCUCUCUCCCGGAUCGGUGAUUUAACUUUUCCUAGUUUUGACAUCCCAGCCCAGAGAUUUGGAUUAUCGGCGCACUAUUUGGAACGACCGUCGGCGUGGUGGUAUCCCUACGCGCUUGGCACAUCGGGACACCAUCUAUACAGGACCGGAGGGUUUGAGAAGGCCAUCGUGCGAGACACACCAUCAACAGGCGGGGACCGAGACACACCGGAGCUGCUGCGAAAAUCACCCGACCCAGACGACCAAGAGGACGACAAAAACAAAAGUACUGAUGAUAUCGUUCUGGAGGAGAGUGAUGGGGAUGAACCAAAGAAGGAAGUAGAGUUGGUGAAUGACUGGAGGAAAAUGAAAGACGAGAACUCGGAUAAAAAAACGUGUAGGAAAAAGAAAACGCGGACAGUCUUCUCAAGGAGUCAGGUAUUUCGGUUGGAGUCGACGUUUGAUAUGAAACGGUACCUCAGUAGCUCGGAACGGGCAGGCCUGGCAGCAUCUCUACACCUCACAGAGACCCAGGUGAAAAUCUGGUUCCAGAACAGAAGGAACAAGUGGAAACGACAGUUGGCCGCGGAACUCGAAGCGGCCAAUCUGAGCCACGCCGCGGCCCAGAGGAUAGUUCGCGUUCCCAUAUUGUACCACGACAACACCCGCUCAGAAACGGGCAGCGCUGGGAACGUGUCAGUCAGUCAGUCUCUACUAACAUUCCCUCAUCAAAUGUACUAUUCACAUCCACUAGUCACAUCCGUGCCGCUGCUGAGACCAGUUUGAGAGACUCAUUUAUUGUGUUGAUAUUUCUGUAUUUGAAUUUAUGUAUUACAAACAUUAUUAGGCCUAUUUUUAUUUAUUUUUAAUCUAUGAUAAUAGUUGGUGUUGGUUAAAAGGCUUUGUAUAAUGUCCAGGUCCAUUAUGACAUGUUGUAUUUAUUAUUAUUAUUAUUAUUUUGUAUUCCCAUAUCCAAAACUGAAAUAUUUCCUCCUAAUCAAAUAAUUUCAUAUUAAAUUGUUGUGCGUCCAAAGUAAUCUAAACAUUUGGUAUUGAUUUUGCUUUAAUUUAACUGAUGGGUUUUAUAUAUGUUUUUAAACAGGGUGGAACGUAUAGGUCUGUCUCCGUGUAGCCUACGACAUUUUACAAUGAAUUACAUCGAUGUUUUGUGUGAGAUUAGAAC